CCUUGAUAAUAUUAUAAAACAAAACGAAAAAAGAAAAGAAGAAAAAAAACACCCGCCAAGCCGCCUGGGAAAACUCCUCUUCAAAUCGGUUAUUGCCAGUUGUGCCAAACAACCUAGCAAAGAUUUACAAUACCUCACCACCACAACCACCACCACAAAAAAGCAGAGGAAGCAAAACCCACCAACCCAGAAAUGAGUUACUCCGAUGAAUUUCCACUACUCGAGGGGGCAGGACUCUACGCGUCCGACAUCUCCGGCGACGGGAAUUGUCUUUUCCAUGCGCUUAGUGAUCAGGCACGCCCUCUUCUUCUUCCCAUUCAUACUUUUUGUGCGCGGAAACGAUGGCUUAUGGAUUUACGAUACGAUAGUUAUACGGGCAUGAAAACAGUCACUCGGAUAUUCGGGAGAAGGUUGUUGAACAUAUGCGAAACAAUGCCUCCUACUUCAAACUCUUCCUCAACCGGAAAGCAGCGAAGAAUAAUAACGCACUUGAACAGGAUGGCCAGAUCUGGGGUUUACGGUGAUAAUAUGGAGAUCAGCGCGUUCGCACGGGAGUAUGGGUGCGACGUCAAGAUUUACCAGAGGGAUUUUGCUUACGUUGUUACUGGUGGGGAGGGAGGUGGUCAUGAAGGAGGAGGGGGAAGACGAGAUUCGGGGAAGGGGAAGAAAGUACUGCAUAUUGCCUACCAUACAUGGGAGCACUACUCGUCAGUUCGGAACCGAGACGGACCGCACACCGGACUCCCGAACGUUUCCCCGGUACCCUUAACCGAGGAAGGGCGUAAGGAGCAGGAGAAGAAGUUGGCGAAUACCUCCUACGUGCGGCCUUGGAUGGUGGAAACCGUGACCUCAAGCUUGCCGUAUCUGGUGGAUUCGGGGAAGAUUUGGGAAGCUCUGGAGGAGGCCAAGGGGAAUAUCGACGCGGCGGUUUCAAGGUUGUUGGACGUUGAGGAGGGGGAGCAGGAGGGGGAGGUAAGCGAGAAGAAAGGGUAUGCGAACAAGAGCAAAGAUGUGAAGGUGGAAAAGGUGGACGUAACUCUAGGAGAGGGGGAAAAGGUAAAGGGGAAAGAAGCUCAAAAGGUGGACGCACAAGUAUCCCCUGAAAUCCAAGAUAAUGCGGAUGAAGUCAAUGGUCUAGCGGCAGAUACAAAUGGCACAAAUACCCCCAAGAGGUCGACCCCGAAGAUAGGCACCCGAGCAUCGGCUCGUAUAAGGGUUAGGGAGGACUCUGGAGGCAAUCCUGGGUCGGGGGGCGGUCCAGAGGACUCUGGUUCUGCAACUGAAGAAAUCCUGAAACAGCGACCACCGCACCUAAAGAAAGAAACCCCCCGCGAGAAAAAGGCCAGACGGAAGGCAGCUGCGAAGCAAAGGAAAAAGGAGAACGCUUCUGGCAAUAAAGAUGCGGGGUUAGAGAAAGGUACUACUGUUAUCACAGCGGGCAUUAAGGAGCUCUAUGUCUAG